GCCUCCACCUCUUCCUCGUCCUCUUCCCGCCUGGCCCGGCUGUCCUGCCGUCGGGGCCAGUGAGCCAUGGGUCUGCUCACGGCGGCGGAGUCUCCCCCCGGGGAGCCUCGCGCGCUGCGGCGGUGGCGGCGGACGGCGGGGAGCUGGGUGUGGAUCACCCUGUUCUCCGUCCUCGCCAGUUUACCUGUGGAGCAGCUGUGCGCCUUCCCGUCCUCCCUGAGCGACUGCCAGACGCCCACCGGCUGGAACUGUUCCGGUUUCGAUGAUCGGGACACAGACCUGUUCUUGUGCGACACAAACACGUGCAAGUUCGACGGAGAGUGCCUCCGCAUCGGUGACACCGUCACGUGUAUCUGUGAUUUCAAGUGUAAUAAUGACUAUGUGCCGGUGUGUGGCUCCAACAAUCAGAACUACCAAAACAAGUGCUUCCUACGCCGCGACGCCUGCAAGCAGCAGUCAGAGGUUCUCGUGACGUCAGACGGUGCCUGCCCAGCCGAUGCUGGCUCGGGAUCAGGAGAUGAAGGGGGAGAGGGGUCUGCGGAGGCCGGACAGAAGGAAACGUCCACCUGUGAUAUCUGCCAGUUCGGGGCCGAGUGUGAUGUUGAUGCAGAGGACGUGUGGUGUGUGUGCAACAUCGACUGUUCACACACCAACUUCAACCCGGUGUGUGCGUCAGACGGGCGUUCCUAUGACAACCCGUGUCAGGUGAAGGAGGCGUCGUGUCAGAAGCAGGAGCACAUCGAGGUGAAGCACCUUGGCCACUGUCAAGGUGAGGCGCACGCACACACACUCACAUACACAAACACCAAAGCUGGGGACGGACAUUACGCCAGGACAGACUCCACAGGUCAGUGUGGUAGUGUGAACGACCUGGCCAGGGGUCUCUACAUCCCCUGUCCCGACCACUUCAAGAACUACUGCGUCCACGGAGAGUGUCAGUACCCCAGUAUCCAGGCGCAGCCCUCCUGCAGCUGCCACUCAGGCUUCAGCGGGCCCCAGUGUGACAGUAAGGAGUACAACGUGAUGUAUGUGGUCCCCGGCUCAGGGAAGCUGCGCUACGUCCUCAUCGCCUCCAUCAUUGGAGCGCUGCAGGUGGCCAUCAUCUGUGUGGUGGUGCUGUGCAUUACCAGGAAGUGCCCGCGGACCAAUCGCAUCAACCGCCAGAAGCAGAACAACGUGCACUAUAGCACGGAGAACACCAUGCGCGCCUCGACGCGGCUCAUCUGA